CCAAAAAGAAAAAACAAAAAAAAGGCGUCUCCUUUGCUGUUUCGACCAAAACACGUGUUCUCAAUUCUGCAUAAAUUCCCAGCAGAAGGUUUGGCUCUCUGUUCUCUGUGUUCUUUUCGGCUGCAGAAAUGAGUCACCCUAUGCGUCCUCAAUCUAAACCUGCUCAACCUUACCCUGCUCAACCUUACCCUGCUCAACCCUACCCUGCUCAACCUUACCCUGCUCAACCCAACCCUGCUCAACCUUACCCUGCUCAACCCAACCCUGCUCAACCUUACCCUGCUCAACCCAACCCUGCUCAACCUUACCCUGCUGAAGGACCCCAAGUAAUGCUACCUCCACAGUACCAAGCAUUUCCACAGUUCCAAGCACCUCCACCACAAUCAUCCAGAGGCAAGCUGAGUACUCUCCUUGAAGUAUGUGGGACGGGUUUUUGUUGCUGUUGCACCAUUGCCGGCUGUUCCAGUGAGGCUUCAUCUUUUUGUGGCUGAUCAGCCUAUUAGUUAUAUCGUAUAUUUCCAGUGCAGUGAUUCCAUUUCUGUUUCAGAUGUGUGAUUAUAUGUUUCAUGUGUGACUGCAUGUUUGAAGUAAAAGCUUGAAUACUAUUGUAGGAUCAUAUUGAUUAUUAUCAGACUUCUUUAUUUCUUCCUUCAAUCUCUGGAGUAAGCGAGAUGUAUUAGUCUGUGGAUGUGGUUUGCCAUGGGAUUGAUUGUAGUUACACUUGCGAGGCUAUCUGUUGCUGUUUCCAGUUUGUCAACUGUCUCAGUAACCUUUCAAACUGCUUUUGUUCCUAGCUAUUAGUUAUAUAGUGUAUUUCCAGUGCAAUGAUCCCAUUAUUCUGUUUCAGAUGUUUAAUUAUAUGUUUCAUGUGUGAAUGCAAGUUUGAAGAAAAAGCUUGAACACUA